AAAAGAAACAGCAGACGAGUUGAGUUGCGGCGCUUGGCUGCUCUUCUUGACCAGAGUCUUCGCAACGAGAGGAGAGAAGAAGAAGAAGAAGAAGAAGAAGAAGGAGCCAUGGACGAGCAAGAGUUCAACCGCUUGCUCGACCUCUUUCCUGUUGUCCGAACUCGGAACUACCGCGCUGGAUCAGAAUCAGUGCCAGAAUCAACUUCACAUUCAAGUCAGACUGAGGUAACUGACUUUAAAGAUGCACGGAAUGGGACGGACAAUGAUAGCUUAGGUGAAACUCCUGGUGGAGAUGCAUUCUGGCAGAAGUUAAGAUCAGCAGCUACAGCCAAGGUUGGACCAGAGAAGGCGGAACGUUUCUGCAAGGCUUUUCAGAGGGUUCAGACUGAACUUGUGCACAAAGGCCUUAGUCCGGAUGCUGCGCAAAGGUUCAUAAAUCGGGGAAACUGACUUACUGCCCAAUUUACUUUUAUCUUCUUCAUUGUCAAUGUGUGAAUGCUCAUUUUCUUCAAAACCAUUGCGAAAUGAGGAAAUGUAAAAACAAGUUUACAUUGUUAUACAUUGUAGUGCAUUCUUCCUGAUUUUCAGAUGUUCUUACAAACUUUACUAUGAGAGAUAAAUGCAGGCUAAUUUGUCUC